UUGAGAAACGGGGCCGCAGGUUUAGUUUUACUGGGCGGAACUAAUACGUUCCCCUGCAUAUUCGUUCCGCUUAUAUGUAGUUCCGCCCCAUCUUUUGCGUUUCGUAACGUGAUUUAACCUUAACGUUAGUCCUAAUUACGUGAUACUGGACUGCCCCCCCCCCCCCUUUGUGUGUUUAUUUUUGGCCACUUCUGACUUUUAUGCGGGGUUUUGUGUUAUUUUUGGGGGAAUAGUUCCGCUUCGUUAUGCCCACUUGUAGUUCCGCCCCCUCUCUAACAGUCCGCAGAUAAGAAAAGUGGGGUCCAUUCGACUUUUGUGCUGAGUCACUGACUGUCCACCAUUACACGCUCAGAGGACGAGUUUAAAGAUGAGCGGCGCCGUUAAUUUCAAAAAGUGCGGUUCUCUGCUGGUGACCGGAGCCAGCCGGGGGCUCGGGCUGCAGAUGGUCGCCAGUCUGGCAGGUGGAGGGUUCUCACCGGGAAAGAUUAUCGCCACCACCAGAAACCCUGCGAACGCUCAGAAACUUCAGGAACUGGCAGCCAAACAUCCCAACAUCCAUAUACUCCCACUGGAUGUGUUGAGCCAGGAGAGCAUAGAGAAAUGUGCAGAAGAUGUUGGCCGCCUGGUUCAAGACCAGGGUCUGAACUGCCUGAUAAACAACGCCGGGAUCAACGUGUUGGCUAACUUUGACACCGUCACCGCGGAGAAAAUGAUGGAAAACUUCCACACCAACGCUGUGGCUCCUCUGAUGAUCACUAAGGCGUUCCUGCCGCUGCUGAAGAAAGCUGCGUCCACUGGAGGAGCAGGUGGUUCGGGGAGCAUGAGCAUCCAGAGAGCAGCUGUGAUUAACCUGUCCUCUCAAUUGGGCUCCGUGGAGCUCAACUGGGGGGAGGAAGCCAAAGCGAUGAGUUGGUACCCCUACAGGACAUCCAAGUGUGCUUUAAACAUGGUGAGCCGCUCCAUGGCUCUCGACCUGGAGCCUGCUGGGAUUCUCUGUAUGGCCAUACACCCAGGCUGGGUUGCAACUGACAUGGGGGGGGCACAGGCUCCGUUGAGUCCCGAGGAGAGCGUUUUGGCCAUGCUGUCUGUGAUUGGUGGCCUGACUGCAAAGGAUCAUGGGUCGUUUCUGGGUAUGACUGGUGAGGUGCUACCCUGGUGACUCUCCCACCAUCACAGUCUCUGACUAUCCAAAGAAACACCGUGCAUUCAUGUUUGUACUUCAGUGUUCAGUCUUUAAUCUGCAGGAAUCUGACUCGUGUAGCUCAUGAUAUUAAAGCAAAGUUUUACGUUGCACACCAUUUUACGUCGGAAGUCGGAACCUCCAAGUUUACCACAUAAUAGUUUAUCUCAGACUAGCUGUUGUUAGCCAAGGUAAGCAAUGCCAGAUGAUGACAACGCUCUUACGGCGUGUUUCCAUUGAGUGGAACAGUUUGGUUCAUGCUCAGUUGUUGUCGCGUCUGAUUUCGUUGUUUGUUUUGCGCAUACCCCGCCUACCAAGUGAAGGUACUAUACCGUCGAACCGCAAGCUUGACCCUUGGCUUUACCAUUCCAAACCGUACUGUUUGUUUUGCUCACACCAGCAGUGUAGCAACAUGUCCACUGUUUAAAAAAAAAAAAAGCUGGAUAUAUGAUAAUUAUCAAACGUAAUUUUAAGUACGUUGACGUCAAAUACUUAAUUGUAACUAAAAAAUACACUGUGGAACAUUUUUUCCAUUUAUUAGAUGUCUAUUUGACAUGAUCAAACAUGUAGAUAAUAACAGGUCAACACAUUUUUAUUAUUUCAGUUUCAUUGCUGUCACAGAACUCAGGGAAAAAAAUACUUUUAUGAUACUUAAAAAAAGCAUCUGCUUUGUAUUUUUCUAGUUAAAAUAAAAACCUUUAACAUGACCAAAUUAUUAGGAACAAUAACGUGUUUAAAAGUAGUUUUACAGCUCCAGAUUCUUUCACUCAACAUGUAUAUCUUCAACUCUAAUUCAUGCGUUCAUCACAUUUAUCAGUAACUUUAUCAACCGGUAGUGAUGAUAAGACAACCGUGCAUGUCACUCAGGGAAAUAAGAUUUUUCUGUGCUUUUUUAAAAAAAAAAAAAAAUAAUAAUUAUAAUUUCAUUAAUCCCCUUAGGGAAAGUAUUCCACUGCAUUUGACCCAUCCUAGAAUUAGGAGCAGUGAGUAGCACCCAGUGAGCAUUGGGGGUUGGGUACCCCAGCCCCAGCCAGGUGGGGAUUUGAACCGGCAACCCUCCGGUUACAAGCCAAGUUCCCUUUCCACUUGGCCACGGGCUGCCCUUUAUGGCCUUUAGGGUGAACAGUUUUACAGGCUUCUCUUUUACUAUUGUGGUCUAAGGGGAAAUUGCUUUUUGGGCCACAUUAGUAUUUUUUGUUGCAGUACCUCGAGUGGCCACUGGACCAAUUAGCUGCAAGCAAGAGAGGGCACUUAUACAGUUCUUUUGUGAGGAAUUCCGACUUCCGGCUACAAGUGGAACACACUUCUCGUGUCUAAUCGCUGAAUGGUGUAUGUUUGUAAAGCUAAUAUUUAAUACCUAAUGAACAAAAAUUAUGUAUUUUAUAUAUUUGAUCUGAGCACAUUGUCAUGCUGUAGUUUUUAGGGUAAUGCACUAGAAAAUACAAUAAAUUUACACCAUAAAUGUG